AUGGCCGAUUUGCAGUGCAAGAUAAACGCUCACAAGCAAGACAUUGACCGUGCUAAGGAGCAGAUUGAUGAAACGACAGAAAAGGCCGACUCGUAUUUGAGAGAGUUGACGAAGCGAGUAGAAGCUUUUGAAAAGGAGCAUGCAACGCUUGAGCCUGCAAGUCAAUAUCUAAAGCCAGCGCUUGAUGCCUCGCGUUCAGCUACGCAGAAGUUGAAGACUCAAAGUCAGACCUUGUCGGAACGAUCAGUUCCUGUGGCAUUGGACGGCAUCCAUGCCGUUCGUGAUUCGCUGAAUGACCUUCAGAAUCAAGCCGUUAUGUAUGACGACAAGUUUGCGGGUUCGCAUGGUCAAGAAGCCAUGGAUACGCUGCACAAAUAUGUAAAUGCCGGACGUCAACGCGCCACUGACGCCAUGGAAGUGACUUACGAUCAGUUAGUGAAAUUGCGCGACACGAUUGGAAACAUGUCUGAAAAGGUUGCUCACGGAGCCCAAGUGGGUGUAGGUGAGGCUGUGCGUGCAGCUGAACUUGGCAAUGAGAAAUUACCAGUAAGCAAUGCUGCUGCUGGAGUCGUUGGAAAGGUUCGCGAGUUGGAUGAACGUUUGGGUGUGACGGCGACGGCAGCUAAAUUUGAUUCAAUGAUCACUGGUGGCCUUGGUAGCAAAAUGGCUGCAGAAACUGUGGUCAUUGCGUCUGAAGGUGCUAGUUAUCUUUCGGAUACGCUGCAAAAUGCAAAGAUGGCUGCGCAAGAUUCCGAGACAGUUAAAGGUAUUGAAGGAAAGGGAAUUGCCGUUUCUGAAGCUGCUAUGGCUAAACGGAAUGACGUGCAACAGACAUUCACUGAAGCAUAUGAGAAGGGAAAAAGAAGAUUCGAAGUGACUAGAGAAGAGACUGAACAAAAGGCGAAUGAGAUGAAGGAUUCGACAUCAAGUUAUGCUGGUCAGGCGAAAGAUGUAGCGAAGGAUAAAGCUAACGAUGUGAUCGAAUCGACCAAAGAGAAAGGAAGUCAAGGUGCCGAUACGGUAAAAGACAAAGCUGGAAAUAUCUCAGUCAUGGCUGGUGAAUUGACUGGUAUGGCCAAAGAGAAGUCGGGGCAGGCGGAGGAAGCGGCAAGUGAUAAAGCUGGUCAAGCGAAAGACAAGGCUGGUGAGAUGACAGAAAUGACUAUGAAUAAGGUGGGUCAGGCAAAGGAUGCGGCCAAAGACACAGCCGGACAAGCCAAACAAAAAGUUGGCGAGAUGAACGAAACGGCGAAAGAUCAAGGGGGUAAGCUGACCGAGACGGCAAAAGGUAAAGUUGAUCAGGCGAAGGACAAGGCCGGGCAAGUCACUGGAAUGACUAAGAAUAAGGCUGGACAAGGAGCUGAAUCGACCAAGGACAAGGCUGGACAAGUUACUGAAUCGACUAAGGAUAAGGCUAGUCAAGUCGCUGAGUCGACUAAGGACAAGGCUGGUCAAGUCGCUGAGUCGACUAAGGACAAGGCUGGUCAAGUCACUGAGUCGACUAAGAACAAGGCUGGACAAGUAACUGAAUCGGCUAAUGAGAAGGUGGAUCAGACGACGAAAACAGCUAAAGACAAGUCUCAUCAUGUUGCGGGGAAGGCUGGUGAAGGGAAAGAGAAGACUAAAGGGAUGGUCAGUGAGACAAAAGCGGAAUCUCCGGGAGUAGUUGGGCAGGCCGUGGACAAGGCCGCCAAGGUUAAAGAAAGUGUGAAGGACCGGGUUUCUGGAGCUUUUCACAGUGUUAAAAAUAUUGGGGCACGAGCUGAAGCCAAAGCAACGAAACCAAAGGAGCCAAGCUUAACGCAAGAGGAGACGAUCAUGGAGAAGGCUCUUGAAGCUGCUAAGCAAACGCGUGCAAAGGAAUCAGAAGCUGCAAAAACUGCUGCCGGAACAUCGCGUAAAGAGAUGGACGACCAUCCUGCAAAGUUGGAGGAGACGCGAGGAAAGCGUGACAUGCCAGGGUUUAAGCUGGCCCAACAAGAUGCGUCGAAGAGCGUGAAGUGA